CGGCCCAUGUGAAGAGACCCAUGAACGCGUUUAUGGUGUGGGCCCAAGCAGCAAGACGAAUUCUGGCCGAUCAAUAUCCUCAGCUUCACAACGCCGAGCUUUCGAAGACCCUCGGGAAACUUUGGCGGUUACUUUCAGACAACGAUAAGAAACCCUUCAUCGAGGAGGCAGAUCGUCUUCGCGUGAUCCACAAGCGCGAGCAUCCCGAUUACAAGUACCAACCCCGACGUCGAAAGCAAAACGGGCCAUCUGGCAGAGAGGGCUCGCCCUCGAGGAACCAAAGCAACGUCACUUUCAACGUGUCCAGGUCCCUGAAACAGGAGGACAUGAGUCCCAGGGGCGCGCAAGGACCCAACUCGCCUCAGAGCGGAGUCAGCUCGUCUCCACCGACCACUCCGAAUCAAGGACUAUCUCCGCCGACUCCUCCUACCACCCCCCGUGGACAACAUUUCAUCAAUCAGGGAAAUCAGCCACAACAGAACAGUACCAUCUACCACCAGGACCUCGUGAUAACGUCCUCGAGCGAGUCUCUGCACCAACAGCAAUCCGGAGUCGAUUACCGGUACAUCGAUGUUGCCGACGGUCUACCGAUCGAGGAGGGACAAUUGAACGGGCUGGGAACCUUGGGAGGCGUCGGUCUGAACAUACCCCUAACUCUUCAGGAGUGUGAGGUCGAGAGCAACGAGCUGGAUCAAUACCUUCGACCGCAGGUGCCACCGGUGCACAUACCUGCCCCGACGACCACCUCGUCUCCGUGGAUAUUCAACAGAUACGAGGAGGAAGUCGAGAGGCCAAACAAACGCCACUGCACGGAGCAAACGAUCGCCGAGGCACCCUGGGAGGAGAGGCCCCAAGAGAUAGCCAGAUACCACGAGCUCCAACCACCCCUGCCCCCGAUGCAGUACAUAUCCUCGUCCCACAAUGCGCAUUAUUCGCACGCGGGCACGCAGAUGAGCCAUCCGCACGUGUCCACGUCUUACGCGCAAUACCAACGUUACGUACCUGGCAUCGAAGCUUGGCCCCACUACAUGUAG